GACGUCUACGCGUUCGGGGUGCUGAUGUGGGAGAUGCUCUCCACGGCGCCCGUGUAUCUGGGUAUGCGGAGUGAGGACAUUCGACGCGGUGUGGCGGACGGCGAGCUGCGACCCGAGUUUCCACCUUGGUCGGAUGAGAAGUACAGGGCCCUGGCGGAGGCAUGUCUGUCUACGGACCCGAGGGCUCGACCCACGGCAGCUGAGUUGGUGGCUCGUCUGCGCACCUUGCUGGCG